AUGAAUUCAUCUCCCCCGUUUCUUCUCCAAAAGUUUUCUCAUCAUUCUCGAACAUCCAGAUUAAAUAAUUCCACGACAAAUCAAAAUAAACUCAUAAUCUCAAAUAUUAUCAAAUACACAAACACAUCAUGUCAACCCAAGCAGCUCUCGGCGCUGCCGCCAUCGACAAGAAAGAUUACCCCGCGGCCAUCGAAUACUUAACCAAAGCCAUCGCCGAAAGUCCUACUUCUCCAAACUACCUCAUUUCCAGAUCUAUAGCGCACCAACGUGCUAAGAAUUACGAAGCGGCACUCGCAGAUGCCGAUGCCGCCGUCCAUGCAGCUAUCGCUCGUUCUCGACGCGAACUCAUCGGUACCGCUCACUUUCGUCGCGCAGUUGCUCUGCAUGGUCUAGGCAGAUAUGGAGAUGCAAGAUUAUGUCUGGCUUGGUGCAUGCAAAAAAAUCCGAAAGAAAAGGCUUUGACUAUGUGGCAAGCAAAGGUCAAGAUGGAUUACGAUAACGCAGGUGGUGAGGACGCGGAAUGUAACAAGUGCACUGUGAAGGAAGUUCCUAAUAAGCAGGCUGCUGUCAAGCCGCAAGUAAAAGAUUCUAAGGGCAAAGGUGUGGAGGGUUCCUCGAAUGCUCCGUCAUCCGCUCCUGCAGUAACUGCAAAGGAAAAUAUUAGACAAGAGUGGAUUCAAUCCAACUCGAAGGUCACAAUCACUAUUUAUGCUAAGGGCGUCGCAAAAGAUACUGCACAAAUUAAUAUCGAAGAAGGACAGGUUGAAGUUUCAUUCCCAGUCGGACAAACUGGCAACACAUACGAUUUCACUGCUUCACCACUUUUCGCUCAAAUCGAUCCCUCGCAGAGCAAGUUCAACAUCACUCCUUUCAAAAUCGAGAUUGAAUUAUAUAAGACAAAGCAAGGCCUUAAGUGGUCUAAACUAGAAGGAAGUGAGCCUAUCAUCACUGCAUCCACGGAAGAAAAGAAGUCCGAAAUCCCCGCUGCAGUCUUAAAUCCCUCCACCGAAAAGGCUCCCUCUUACCCAACGUCCUCUCGCAAUGGUCCAAAGGAUUGGGAUGCCCUCGCCUCAUCUGCUCUUAAAUCCGAAAAGAAAGAAGGAGCAAAGGAUACAGGCGGAGAUAGUGAUGGGGAAGGUGGUGAUCCCAUGGAUUCUUUCUUCAAAAAGCUUUAUAAAGAUGCGGAUCCAGAUACUAAGAGAGCUAUGAUGAAGAGUUUCCAAGAAAGUAAUGGCACUGCUCUGAGUACUAAUUGGUCGGAUGUUAAGAAAGCUCCUGUCAAGAUUCAACCUCCCGAGGGCGUUGAGGCUAAGAAGUGGUAGAUGGAGAAGAUGGAGGACUACGAUAUUAUGAAAAAAUAUGGGAGGAAAAGUCGAUGGAGCAUUAUAUUAUGCUGGGGAGUUUAGGAGGAAAGUGUCUUAAUAUGACAUGGCUGGCGUUUGGGUACUCAUGAAUGAAAGAUCUAUCCAAUUAAAUCCUUCGGCACUUGAAAUGUUUCAUAAUAUCCUAAAAAUUGAAGUGUUUUCAUAGAUAGCGUGGAGUUGAUAAGUAAUACUUAUUUUCUAAUU